AUGGCGUCCUACACGGCGCCUCCGCCAAAUUACUCUCCAGUAUGCCCACAGGAUCUACCUGGGGCGCUGGACGAGCCGAUCUCUGGCCUUCAGAUCUUCAUCAUCCCGGCAGCAGACACGUUUGCCUUCCAAAAAGGUUACCUAGGAGCCGAAGGAGAGCGCGCCGCUAUUGAGGGAGAAAUCCAUGUCAAGGGUGCACAGCCAGGCCAAUGGAAAUAUGUCACCGUGGCUCUUCAUGUCGUCGAGUCUGCGUUUGGCCAGGAAAUCGAGCUAGGAAAAUCAGAGAUAAACCUAGUCUCGUUCACGGGGACGUCCGACUCGAUGUCAUCUUCAACGUCAUUCGCAAUACCCCUGACAUCUGAUGCACCCCAGUGUAUUCAUACACCUCAUUCAUCGCUGGAAUACGCACUUACGGCAACUUUUCAUCCUACGAAUUCGUCGGAGCCACUUGUAUCAAGAAGGAUUAUCGUGCAUACGCGACGUUACACUUCGCAUUCUCAUGCUGUAGAUACACUGCCGGAAACCCACGUCCUAGAAAAUCCUUCCCGUGUCGAGGUUCAAGUUCCUCGCACAAUAUUCCGGGCUGGAGAAUCCAUCCCAGUCUAUGUUACUGUGCCUCCGCCAAGUAGGGAACUUAUGCUGCGCGAAGGACUCAGGCUUCGAAACGUAAAAACCGAGAUUGUUCGCAUCGUGAGUCUGAAAGGGCAAGAUGAUGGUGAUAUCCAACUCGGUACGCCCUAUGGCCAAUCCAUAACGGACUUCCUCCGAUCACUUCUCCUGGAUCGGUCCUAUAGUACAGUGACUUCUCGCUCAGGUGCAUCCUGCAGAUUUCACUCCUCUCGACCUGUGCGGCUCCGUCUCAUCUUGCAUCAGGCUUCACCAUCUGCGUCACCAGUAGAUUACCAGACGAGUUUGCCAGAAGGUGACUACAACAGCCUUGACAAUGAUUUGCAAUGCAUCUCCAUCACGCAAUCUACUCUCCUACACUCAGUCUCUUUCCUUCUAAAUGUCCACAUUUCAUUCGUGGAAACGACCAGUAGGACCGAACGGCUUAUGACUAUCCCCAUUCCAUUAACUAUCAUCCCACCCCCAGCGCCACUGCCUGAAGUUGAAGAAUGGGUUGACGCUGCGUAUCAGAAAAAACACGACCGUCCCCCUUUGAGGACAGUUCGACAAGAAGAUCCAGAGUCAUCGAUUCCCUUGUAUCAAGAAGGAGAAGCGGGUCCAAGUUAUUCUCAGAACGACCGCGACAUACCACCUCCACCAUUCUUCCAUUCUACGCCUUCUACGUCCAAUGCUCCGCCAAGCUUCCAGGAAUCCGAGUCUGAAAUAUUUAUUCCUUCGGACACAACGGACCAGGAGGUGCCUGCAACUAUAGCACUCCGUAUCAUCGGCGAGGGAAUCCUGUUUGGGUUUGCUGCAUCGGAGCAGUUUGAUGGUCAUUCGGAUACGAUGCACCGCUCGUCAACUCCGCCCCCUUCGGUGGAGAUGGCAGAGCGAGAUGCAGAUGUGACGGGAUUUGCGAAUUUAGGAGUUGAACCCGUCCGAGUUUUUGAGGCUCUGAAUAUUGUCUCGGAUGAUUGCACCCCUCGCUCUGGAGGUGAACUCCCUCCUCCGCCACCUGCGAUGGAUGAUCCGUCAGACCCACCUCCUUCAAUAGAUUCUGACUUCAGGUCGCCCUCGGUCCGGGUCCCCGUACAAUCUCACUCACCCCCCCUCGCCCAUCAGUCAUACAAUCAAACUCCUGCGACUCAUGAUUCUCUACACCCUCCCAAUGACAUCUUAGAUCAUUCUUCCUCACAUGGACAUGCGCCACCGCCUUAUCUUGUUCCUGGCAGUGAUCCUGACCAGGAAGAACAUGUGACACGACCACCUCCAACCUACUGUUACCUCAAAUGUGCUCUGCUGCAACUGUAUUUAUAA